UCUGGAUGCGCGGGAAGCGAUGUCGCGGUAUCAGCCGCUGCUGACGGAUGCUAAUCAAAUGAGCUAUCGCAAUACUGUUGUCGUUCGUAGCCGUACCGGCACUUGGUGGUUGGGAUACAUUCAGGAUAUCGACGGCGAUUAUGCUUUCAUCCACUUCAACUCAAAAAUUAUGGAAGCUCGCUGGAUGCAAAUGAGCGAUGUCUGGCCGCUGCCAUCGUACUGGGACACAGAAUUUUCUUCCACGAAAGGUUACCAAAACGUCCAGAUAUUUGCGGCACUGUGUGAUGAAGAUAAUGGACCUUUCUGUUUCCGACCAGCCGUUAUUCUAAACAGGCUUGAGGGUUGUGACGCGGGUUGUUGGAUGUUUUACAUCAAAAUCGACAUGUUUAACACAAGCGUCCCUGCACAUAAAGUUCGUUUUGAAAUGGUCCACGAAGACCAAGUUGCAACUGAGCUGCCACCUACUGGUCCAUCCUUGCUCGACCGCCGCAAACGUUUGCAGUAUACCAAACACUUCAUCCCCUUUGACCAAGCCAAAGCCGUUUUAACCGAGCCUUCCGAUAAAUUUCGUAUUAUCAAACAUGCUCACUACGCCCUCCAAGGCAGAAUGAUGUUAACACGUGAAUAUCUCAGCAACUGGUGCCGAUUUCAUCUGCGCAUCGAACAGGAGGGAUGCAUGUUUGUCAUUGUUGGGCUGGCAACCGACGCGGAAACGACUCAUCAUGUACAUCCCAUGCCUUCGACUUUGUUGAAAAUUUUGGAAACUCAUUUAGCCAAGCGGGCCGAACUACCGUCUAUCGACAAGCGAACACUUCACGCAAGUGAAAAUGUCCCUUGUUACACCGAUUUCGAAGUUGAUACACUCCUGAUGUUGACUCCCUCCAUCCGUGAUCUGACGCCUUCGCUCCUAAGCGACAUAUUGUCGCAUCUGGACUUGCAUUCACGAAUGAAAGCCAAACGGGUGUGUGCCUUGUGGCAUUUGCUGCUGAGCAGCUCUAGAAUGAUGGAACACAUCAGCAUUUCUUUCGAAAGUUGCUGGGAGAUCAAGGCGGACAGCGAUAAUUGUUUUAAAUUGGCUUCUAUGCUCAGCCGCUCAAUCAGCGCAACGACAAGAAGUAUCACUGUGUUGAAAGUUUUCCCGCCACACAACGCUUCAUUUUUGGGUGCAAUGUUGGAUGCCAUGAAAAUUGAGCUGCCUUUGCUUGUGUUCAAAGACCACACUAACGUCAAACCAUUAAGAUUUCUCAGAGAAAAGCAAUCGUUUCUAAAGCAUGGGAUAGCGGUUAAUCUGGUUUUAUACAAGCGCUUUUGUAAAUUCGUUGUGUUGCAAAAUUGGACAGUAACAGAUCUUUUCGGUCAACAAAUGUACGACAUCUUUGUGGAGCCUACCUGUUACGAGUCUUGCUCCGGCGUAACUUCUUCCCUGCCAGCGCAUGAGCGGAGCUGCAUGAUGGCUCUCACACGCCAGUCACACAAACUGGCCAUUGAUGAACUACAAAUCUCCAUUCCGAAACUUUUUUUGCCCUGCAGUGAAAAGGAAAUGCACAUGACUAGUCGUUUUAUGUGUGCUUUGAACGACAACUUUCCGCCGGUCACGGAGGAUAUGCUAGCAAAGGUCACGGCUAUCCAUGCGCGCUGGCUGCGCAACCUGACUUAUCCCAAGGACUGGCAGAGCAUUCGCAAUUACCUGUUACUGUUCAGUGGGUUUAACUCCGAUGGAAGGCCAAAAGUAUGGGAUGAGGUCGAUCUGAGGGUUGUUGAUGUAUCGGCAUGGAGCAAAAUGGCUAUAUUCGGAAUCAACGAAGUGUUCCGAGUGUGAAGGCAUAGAACUGCGUCCACGCUGACCUUUUAUGGCAAGACUUUUCUGGUAUAUCAAGAGAUCGUGCACAUUAACUCUGAACCUCGAGAGAAGGAUCUCUGUAAUCUGUUUAAGGACCGGAGCUGCUCUGCCAUCUACUCUAGUGUCCUAAGAAUCAUCAAGGAGAGGUUCACCUGUUAUUUUCUCGUCCUUUUUUCCACUGUUUGCAACUGUUUGUUUGUUCAUGGCUUAUGCUGCAUAAAUGUUCCUAUGUUUUGUAUGAUCAGUUAGCAAAUCUGUCUGGAUAUUUUGUCUCGUAAGGCAUAAUAGCAAUCUGGAGAUACUUACUACGUACUACCUAGUUAUAUUGAGCAAUGGUCCUUGCAAGGAAUACAGUAUGUUGUGUGUUUAUGCAAUAAUAACAAUCAAGGUGGUACUUGCUGUUAAGUACA